CUGAAUGUUUGAUGCGCGGCGUCUGCCCGCUAAAAUUUUCACUCGACUCGGUGGCAAGUGAUCCACCGUUGGUCCCUCGCUAGCCUAGGGUUGGCUCUGCUAGAGGAGGGAACAGUACAAUAUUUUCAUCGAGUGAGCAGCUCUGUAUACUGGGACGACCAUGGCGACCGCUUCCCAGGGUUAUCAUCAACCUUCCUCGAUCGAGGAAGUUCGAACUCUUUGGAUUGGGGAUUUGCAGUACUGGGUCGACGAAAAUUACCUUAGUCACUGCUUCGCGCACACCGGAGAGGUAGUUUCCAUAAAGAUCAUACGUAACAAGAUAACUGGACAACCUGAGGGCUAUGGAUUUGUGGAGUUUGUUUCUCAUGCGGCAGCAGAACGGAUUCUGCAAACUUACAAUGGGACACAAAUGCCUGGAACAGAACAGACUUUCAGGUUGAAUUGGGCAUCUUUUGGUAUUGGGGAGAGGCGUCCUGAUGCUGGUCCUGAGCACUCAAUUUUUGUGGGGGACCUAGCACCUGAUGUUACAGAUUAUCUUCUGCAGGAGACAUUCCGAGCCCAUUAUCCUUCAGUUAGAGGUGCUAAAGUAGUGACGGAUCCUAAUACGGGGCGUUCCAAGGGAUAUGGGUUUGUUAAGUUUUCUGACGAGACUGAAAGGAAUCGUGCUAUGAGUGAAAUGAAUGGUGUUUAUUGCUCAAGUAGGCCAAUGCGUAUCAGUGCUGCAACCCCCAAAAAGACCACUGGUUUCCAACAGCAAUAUGCUGCAGCUAAAGCUGUAUAUCCAAUCCCGGCAUAUACUACCCCAGUAAAUGCAGUUCCACCAGAAUAUGAUAUGAAUAAUACAACUAUUUUUGUUGGCAAUUUGGAUCUUAAUGUCACAGAAGAAGAACUGAAGCAAACCUUUCUGCAAUUUGGGGAAAUUGUAUCCGUCAAGAUUCAGGCUGGCAAAGGAUGUGGUUUUGUUCAAUUUGGGACAAGACCAUCUGCUGAAGAAUCCAUUCAGAGGAUGCAGGGAAAGAUGAUAGGUCAGCAAGUGGUUAGAAUUUCUUGGGGUAGGAGCUUGACAGCUAGACAGGACUUGCCUGGUGGCUGGGGAGCACAGAUGGAUCCGAGCCAAUGGAGUGCCUACUAUGGCUAUGGGCAGGGGUAUGAAGCCUAUGCUUAUGGGGCAGCUCAAGAUCCUUCUUUGUACGCUUAUGGUGCAUAUGCUGGUUAUGCACAGUACCCCCAACAAGUUGAAGGUGCUCAGGACACGGCAUCUAUGACGAUGCUGAAUAUGGAACCAAGGGAGGAGUUGUAUGAUCCCCUGGCUAUGCCUGAUGUUGACAAGCUGAACGCUGCAUAUCUAUCAGUACAUGGAAGUGCCAUCUUAGGGCGGUCCCUCUGGCAGAAAACCUCGCCCUUCACACAGGCAGCCUAGGGUCUAUGUAUUACCUAAUCAAUUCUGGGUGCCGAUGUUCUAAAGUAUUCGGUAUCUGCUGCCGGGUAAGGAUUAGUUAUGUUAAUACGAUAUGGAGGGGAACCAGAUGCUUCUAGCAAUGAUCAGCGGUCAGAUAUGGAAUCCGUCAAUCCGUAGUGCUUCUUGUUUUCUUCUAAGCGGUUGUGCUUAACCCCCUUGAUUACCUUGACUUGGACAAGUGACUGGUUAUACUUGUCAAUAGAACUCCUACCCCUAUGGCCAACAGCAAAAUCUCACCCCGUGAUGCGUCUCUUGAUGUCUUCUGCCAAACAUUAGAGGUAAUGAGAAGCCAGUAUAACCUAACAUGUUUCUCCAGGUCAUUUGCGCUGCCAUUUAGUUCUCAGUUUCUGUCCUUGGUCUGACAUUCUGUUUUCUUCCCCUCAUUCAACAAUAUUCUUGAGUACAACUAAUAUUGAUUAGUGUGCAAUAUAACUAUGAGAAUGGAAUAUGUUAUCUUCUUCACGAGUGGAAUCGUCACGUAUUCUACAUGUA